AUGACUUUUUUGUGCGUGUGGCUGGAAAAAAAGUUGGAUUAGUUAAACACUGUAGAGGAAGUGGAAGUGUGAGCGAGAAAGAAGGAAGCUGACUUUUACUGAAGUGAGGGAGUUAGAGAGGGAAGGAGAGAAGGAGAGAGGAAGAGAAAGAAGAGAGACAGACAGAGAAAGCUAGAUAUUCUUCUCUUCCUUCCUUCCUUCCUUCCCCAGCAAGACUCUCCACCCUCUCUCAGGGAUAACACGGGCGGCACAGAGAACCAGAGGAAUUGACGAUCGAAAGAGAGAGGGAGUGAGGAGUUUUACAGCCAGCCUGCCUUUCUUCUCCCCUCCCUGCUACCCAGCCUGCCUCUCUCCUCCCCUCCCUACCAGCCAGCCUGCCUGCCUCACGCCUACAUUCCGCCACACACAUACACAAACAACAACUUCACGCGCCCCACACACUCCACCUCAAGCACCAACACCCUCUCCCCUCUCUCCUCUCUCCCGUUUCUCUCCCCUUUCAUCACAACAGUUUCCUACCUACCCUCUCUUCUAAUCUUUCUCACCUCACCUUAGUUUACUCCCUCUUCUACCCAUCUACACCACCUCAACACCACAUCUCGUUGCCUGGCACAAUGGGUAUCACGCCGCGAGCUCAGAAACCGAAGAAAAUCCCCGUGGGUCUUGAGGGUGGCUCUGAGCUGGUCUCCGUGCUCCUCACCUACUUCACGCUGGUCCUCCUCCUGGUGGCGGUCUACUUGCUGUACCGCGUGGGCGUCUCCGUGUCCUCGUGAGACGUGAUGGGCGCGGCGUAGUGUAGCCGAGGGCGCCAGUAUGGAGGCCUCCCCCGAAGCGGGUGGGGUGGGCGGCCGGUGUGGGCGGCGCCGUAACUGCCGCACGUGUGGGCAGCAACACCAGCCCCACGAGCCACACCUGUACGACUACAUCGACGAGGUGGACGAAGACAUCACCUGCCAUAUCUGCCUGCAGCCACUGGUGACGCCCCUGGACACGCCGUGCGGCCAUACCUUCUGCCGGCCGUGCCUUCUAUCGUACCUCACCGUGCAGCAGAGUUGUCCCGUAGACCGCAAGCCACUUUCCCAGCAGCUGUGUAGUCCGUCCUCCCUUGUGCUAAAGAAACUCCUGGAGAAGCUGAAGGUAAAAUGCCCCAACGAGGACCACUGUACCAGCGAGAUGCAGCGAGGCGACCUGGAAGACCAUCUCAAGUACAGGUGCCCCGGGAACUGGGUAUCAUGUCCCCACACCACCUCCGGCUGCGAUUACCGUGGCCCGCCGCGCUCCAUGUCUACCCACACCGCUUCCUGCCCCUUCAAGGACCAGGGUACGAGUGUGUCACGCCCACCUGUGCUGGAGGGCCAGAUCACACACCUGGAGGUUCCUCGCACGCACACCAGCCUCGGCAUCACCAUCGUGGGCGGCUCAGACACGCCACUGCGGUGCGUGGUGGUACAGGAAGUGUUCCCGGACGGGCUGGUGGCACAGGAUGGCCGCCUUCAGCCUGGCGACCAGAUCAUUGAGGUGGACGGUGUGGACAUGACCUCGGCGACCCACCAAGCCGUGUGUCAGGCCCUGCGGCGGCCCAACUCUGUGCUCCGGCUUGGCGUCUACCGCGAGAGGAUCGAGGCUCAGAGGGCGCUGUUGUCGUCCCCGGCACCAACCACCCCCGUCAACAAGGGCUCCGCCGCACACCAGCCACAGCCAGGUGAAGCCAUGAUGGUGUCGCUUCGCAAGGAGAGCAACCGUCAGUUGGGGUUAAAGCUUGGGGGGCGCCGUACUGAACCAGGCAUCUUUGUGAUGGAAGUGCUGGAGGGUUCUGUGGCAGCGCAGGACGGGCGCCUCCACCCUCACGAUCGCAUCCUAGCCAUCAAUGGCGCGGAUGUGCGUUAUGCUCGCCUCGACCACGCCUCCACCCUCAUUCAGGAGAGCCGGUACAGUGUGAGCCUCGUCGUGAGUCGUGGCACCAGCGUGGUGGACAGCCCUACCGGUCCAGAAUACCAGCAUCUUUUCCGCUCGCCGGAUCCCGCCCUCCCUGCACUUCACUGGCGCACCAAGUCCGCCCCAGAACGCCUUGUUCCGCGCCUUGACUGUCACCACAAAGAUAUCAACAAAAGUCUUGGAGACGUAACCGACUCGGGCACUGAAGAGGUGGGCUUGUCUGCUUCCUGUGAGUCUCUGGAUGGCCGAAGAGGCUUCAACGGAGGCAUGGUGAUCGGGGGUUCGUUGGGCUCACUGGGCACAGGACAUCAGAGCAACGAGGGUUCUCUUGCCUCUCUGGGAUCAACACUGCACCAGAGCUCCGGAAGCCUUUCCUCGGCAGCGCGGUGCGGGAUUCAGGACGAAGACUCCACUCCCCCGGCGCUGCCCCCCCGACCCCGUCACGCCCUGGCUCACUCCCGCUCCAACGAUCAGCUGGCUCACUCCCGCUCCAACGAUCAACUGGCUCACUCCCGCUCUAACGAUCAGCUGGCUCACUCCCGCUCCAACGAUCAGCUCGCCACGCCGGAUUCUGCUAACAGUGAAGGCUUGCGAGAGGGACGCGGCUUGGAGGACUCUCCCCCGCAGGAUGCUACGGAUGGCUCCAUCAGCAGCCGCCUGAAAAGUCGCCGUUCUCGGGAUGUGAGCGACAUUAGUGAGCUGAGCCAUGGGUUCUCGCGCUCCCUGCGCAUUGAAGGUGCUCACCUCCAUCAGAAAACUGUCACGAUCUCAAAGGGCAGCAACGAAAGCCUGGGAAUGAGGAUAGGCGGCGGGCUGGGUAGCAACGAGGGAGACACGCCCAUAUACAUUGCAAACAUCAAUCCACAGGGACCUGUUGGCAAAUCUAAGCAGGUCAAGAAAGGGGAUGUGGUGCUGUCGGUGAACGGACAGUCACUGGUGGGGCUGACGCACGGCCAGGCCGUGGCGCUGCUGAAGGCUACGGCCGAGCUGGCAGGCGUCACGCUCUCGCUCCUGGAUGGCCCGGAGACUUCGCAGGGAUCCGCGAACUUCGUACCGUCGUGGCUGUUCUGGCAGAAACUCCCUCGCUCGCUGCACGUGUCCAAGAGCGUGGUGCUGCACCGAGCACCAGGCGCGUCGCUUGGCUUCAGCAUCGUGGGCGGCGCCGACCCGCAGCGCGGCACGGAGCCCAUCCACGUGCUCUUUGUGGUGCAGUCGUCGCCGGCAGCAGCCGACGGCAAGCUGCGCUGCGGAGACCGGCUGCUAGCGGUGGACGGCCAUUCACUGGAGCUGGUGCGGCACGCCGCUGCCGUGGCCCUGCUCAAGCAGGCUGGUCAGAGAGUGCACCUGCAGGUUGUGUCCUGGCUGGGCACGGAGCUGUGACCUACACCGCACGCUACACCCAGCGGUGAAUGGUGAAGAGUUCCGUCCUCAAGUCUUAGACUUCACACGAGUAGGUUGCUGCGCUGCCGCUGGUCGCAAGCUUGCCGAGCCGGCAGCACUAGGGUCACCACCAGCUGUGAUCUCUCCAGGGUUCCUCUUGCACAUCAGCUAGUCUUUCUUGCCUCGGGCCAAGGGGAAGUGGCCCCUCAGGGCACUACUUGCCUCUUCCUUCCUCUUACCUAGGAAACAGUGAUACAGAUUGGCAUUAAUUAAUCCUGACAUUAAAACGGUCAAAACACACCGGCGACCUCCACACAAAGGCCCUCCACCUCCACCUUAUACCAAUAACAUGCAAGACCUCCAUACUGGCGUCUUCUCGGCGCACGUUAAAUUGUACCAUAUUUUUUUUUUUUUUUUAUUGUUUCGUUUGUUUCGGGUUGAUCUAAGUGUUUAGAGCUGCAGCCUUAGUAGCAAGGCUGAGAAUGUUCCCCGUAGCUUAAGCCUCAUGUAUGUGUGACUGUACGUACGUGUUUGUGUGUUGUGUGUGCAUGAGUGUUUUAUCUUCCCCCGCCGUAGUUAAAUAGAUGCCCCACCCCACCUUCAGCCGCAGAUACCCCGACACGUGACCGCUUCAUCGCGACUCCUGACUGAACAUAGUGUCCUCUCAAGCUGUGCCACAGACUCGUGCAGCAGCUUGGCCCUAAUAGUUACUGAUGGCUUUGUGAAUUCGAUUCCCUCCAGUGCUUCGGGCUAAAUUAUUGGUGACAUCACAGAUCCAAACAAGCACUGACGGACGGACUGACUGACUGACCAAAUACCUAUUGAUGAUUAGCGGCAUAUCACUAGCGUUACCCUUGUUCAAUAGCGUGGGAAGGUGAGCGUCUUCUCUCUAAGUGAGGAGACACCACCUUCCCCUCUCCUAGUAUGAGCAGUAGUCAUGUAAUGUAGUGGACACACCUCGGUUUCGUGCUCUUCCCUCCUCUUUAAUUUUACACGUAAACAUGCUCCUUAUUGAACACACCAAAAAAAUACAUGCGCUUGCUCCCCCCCCUCCCUUCUCUCUCUCUCUCUCUCUCUCUCUCUCUCUCUCUCUCUCUCUCUCUCUCUCUCUCUCUCUCUCUCUCUCUCUCUCUCUCUCUCUCUCAUCCACAGACCACAGGACCCACAGUAUGUACCCCCACAGUAUGUUUACAUACCACAGUCUCUCCCCCUUAAAGUGCAUCUCUCCCCCCUUACAUCCAUAACCAACUACCACAGCCUCCCCCCAAAAAAAAUAUAAAUAAAAUCUAUUUCCUUUUGCCUGUCUGACAUUUUCUUGAAAAAAAAUAUAUAAAUAAAUAUUAGAUAGAAAUAAGGGCUGGCAGGUUGGCCCAAAAUUUAAUAAGUUUAAGGAAAGCCUCUCUCUGAUCCGUCAUCACGCUUUGCGCCGUCAUCACGUGGUGGUCUGUGCUACUCCUUCCUGCCUUCCUUCUCCCCUCUUUCUAUUUACCCUCACCUUUCAUCUCUCCUCUUCCUCCUUCCACCAUGAUUGCUGAUUUUCUAUCAGUUGAAUUAAGUAAAUUUAAAUUGAAUUCAUAGUUUUACUCUAGCAAAAAAAAAAAAAAAAAACGUACAUUAGUUUGUGUAAAUAAGUACCGCUGUAGAUGUGUUCCUACGGCGCAAAUGAACUUUUAAUUAACUGUCUUACGAUUACUCGUCCUCUGUUUCCCUCCUGCUACUCCUCUCCUUCCCGCAGCACACGGCACGGCGCGGCCUCUGCUAACUUUGGGUGUUCACUGUGCACUUAUUUCGGCGUCUGUGGUUCAAUAAAGAGACGGAGUAAACUGUU